AUCUGUAUUUCGCUGCUACAAACGGCGCACCAAUGCACCAUACAUUUUUACGUAAUUUGUCAUGGCAGAAGUAAGUUCAUUGAGUGAGUCGGAAAAUUAUGUGGAAAGUGAUUUCGAAACCUCAUCAACAGAAGAGAAAAAGAAGAAAAAUGUUUAUCCCAAGAGGAAAAGAAAGUAUCAUCAUUUAUCCGAGCAUUUUUCCAAGUCGAAGAACAAUGUAAAAGUAAAGUCUAGUUCCACUGCUGGAAAAACUUUUACUUAUCUUGGAAAAACUAGGAAGAAAAAAAAAUUCAACUCUUAGUGGUGAUUCCCUUCAACAUUCUUCGCAAUCCGUACAACAGCCACAAACUGUUUCAUCAUUCACUACCCAUCAUUCAGCACAUGACAUAGCGACUGAUGAAUUCCCAUCAGCUAUCAGCCUUGAAGAUCUUGAUAAGCUAAGAAGAGAAGUGAAAAACGACUUAGAAAGCAUGCAGGUAAGACAACAUCGAACAUGGCAAGAACGACAAACAUUUGGUGCAUGGGGACAGCAUGCUAGAAGAAGAAUUUUUACAGAAUAUGUAUCAAGACAGCCACUAUUUCAUUCAAAAUGUGACCAGUGUCAUGGUGAUUUGAACUUCUACGCUGUGAGAUGUAUGACCUGCAAAAGACACCUUUGCCAUCAAUGUGAUGCAAACACACACUCCAGCAUGCCAUUUCAUCGAAGACUAUUGUGUUCUUGCGAAACCCUGGAAACAUUACAGCCCCAUCAUUUUAUCGAUGAAGAAGGAAACAUUAUAACAAAAGAUGUUUGUUUACCAUGCUUUGUGCCUCUUAAAUGCUGUGAUGUAAACUGCCUUGGAUCGAUGUCGCUUACACCCAAUCUCACAGAAUCAAUCGUGGUUGUCACUGAGCAAGGUCGGUUUCUGUUAAAGGGAACUAAUUUUGUUUGUGAUAGUUGCCAUACUGUUAGGAAAGCCACUAUCGACGACUAUAUAUUUUCUGGUUUUUUCCCUGCAAGUUUAUCAGAGAAAGUUACAUAUCUUUUUUCAGAAGAGGCACUUCUAUUAGGGUAUCACAUUUCCCACAAGUGUCCAGGUUCUUCAAAGAACAUGUACGCUCGCACUCUUGAAGACGUAUCUAAAGAAUAUGGACGGAAUGGACCGAUUAACGUACCGUUAUUUACUACUGCGGAAAGAGAGUGGGAAACCUGUCGCCACUAUAUUGACCAAGAAGUGCUGAAAAGAGACAAAACUCAUUGCCCAAGUUGUGGGAAAGAACCUUUAGUCAGAUCUUCUGACGCUAUCGUAAAAUUGAGGCGCUUAAGCUCGGCUGGAAAAGUGCACAAUCCAGAAAACGAAAGAACAAUGGAACAGCCACAGGCGAGGUUUGGAAACUUAGUUAUCAAAUCCGAUACAGAAGUUGAAAAUUUCCGUCAAAGGAUUUACAACAAAGUUUCUACUACAAAAAAGAAACAGAUGUGUGGGGGAUCGGCUUUUAAGGCCGCAAGAGAAGACUCCAAUGAACAAAAGAAGUAUGACGAGACUGGGCUCGUCGUUAGCUCUUGCAAGCACUGCGUUGUACCAUACGCAAUCAACAUGUUUAAAGGUGAAUCGUGGACCCAUACUGCAUUUAUGCACAACGAAGCCAUGAAAAGUAACGCCAAAUUCUUCUGCUACGACGUGGUAUGCCAAUACUGGAAAUGGAUGAAAACAAAAGUGGUUCGUCAUUUUCCUGAAUACCGUAAUCUAACAAGUGAAAUGACAGGAAUCUUGCCUAUCAUGCAUAAGAAUGCACAUCAAUUUCCAUGCAAGAUUUUAUGGAAUCCCCGCUGGACAACUGGAAUGGGCUUAACUGGAGGAGAAGAGCACGAGCAAAUUUUCUCCAAAUUGUAUCUAUAUGCUUAUGUGCUAAAGCAUAUGGCCAAACAGUAA